AUGGAAGGUGGGAAGAUAUUAUGGUCUGGAACAGAGAGGGAGCACGUCUAUGGAGUUGGAAUGGUUAUUGGCGAAAAAGCAAGAAAAGCACUGUUGGAGUACAAUCCAGUGAAUGAAAGAAUGAUGUAUGCGAGGUUUAAGGGAUACCCGAGAGACAUUGAUGUGGUAGUGGCAUAUGCUCCAACAAUGGAUCACUCGGAUGCAGAAAUCGAGGCAUUCUACGAUCAACUGGAGCAAACAUUGAAUGUACUGCCAAAGAAAGAUGUUAAGAUAAUCACCGGAGAUUGGAACGCAAAGAUCGGAAGAAACAAUAUUGGUUUUGAAGAAGUCAUGGGAAAAUACGGUAUAGGAAACAGAAAUAAUAGAGGAGAAAGACUGCUGGAAUUUGCAAAGGACCAAAAAAUUGUUCUAAAUGCGGAAAAAGAAUACUCACACGCAAUUACGAAAGCGAAUAGUAGUCCGUCGGACAGCCAGCUGGUAUCGCUGGGAAGAGCUGUCCCGUACUGCGGAGGCAAUAGACCAGAGAAAGCUGUCAACGUUCUCAAGUCGUCUUUUACCGAUGUCUCUUCAGAGGAGUUGUGGAAAGCAUGCAUUAUCGCAAGGGCUGCAAUGAGCGAGCAAGAACGGGAGUUGAAGCCACGCCAGCAGAAGCGGGAGUCUACAAACCCAAGCGACUGCGGAGUCCAACAGCAAAAAAAACCAAUGUUGUUGCUUCUGUCAAACAAAGAGCUCGAAUUAGGUCAGGCUUUCAUUCCGAUUGAUCAACCAUAUUCAACUAUCAGUACCCCGGAACGGGCAAUAGAAAAUGGUGGGUUGCCAAAUCAAGACGGUUGGUAUUGCAGCACCGUAAAAGAAAGGAAAAAGAAAUCCCUGAGCUCGGAAAAUGGACGAUCAACAUCCCUGACUGCAUUGAUGAUUUAUAAAAGUAAACGUAGAUACGACCUUCGAUGGAGAAGGGGGUGUUGUGAUGUAUUCUUGGCACACAUGUUGGUAGAAUGUUGUAUGGUUUGGUCAUACGUGCACGUUGGCAUGAUAUUGUACAAAUGCAAGUGA